ACAUCUCUCUUUUGCUACUUUAUCUCGCAUUUAUCCUUCUUUAUUUAACUCUUGCAAUAAGGAAUCCCUUGUAUGUGAUGCUUGUGAGUUGGCUAAACAUACAAGGGGAACCUACCCUAGUAGGGGUUUAAGAAGUAACAAACCGUUUGAUGUCGUUCACUCUGAUGUUUAGGGACCCUGUGAGGAGGUGGUUCGUAACCUUUAUUGAUUGUUUUAGUCGUUAUACUUGGCUUUACCUAUUGAAACAUAAAAGUGAUGUGCUCUCGGUUUUUAAAGAUUUGUUUGCACUUAUUCAAAACCAGUUUGGAACAUCUAUUAAAGUUUUACGUUCUGACAACGGUACUGAAUAUAUUAACCUGAGUUUGGGCAGUUUCUUGCCUCAAAUGGAAUUGAACACCAGACUACUUGCGUUAACACUCCAGAGCAAAACGGUGUUGCAGAACGUAAAAAUCAACACUUGCUUGAGGUUGCUCACUCACUUAUGUUUACUAUGAAUGUUCCAAAAUUUCUUUGGGGGGAGGCAAUAAAAACUGCAGCAUACUUAAUAAAUCGUAUGCCACUUCGUGGUCUUGAUUAUAAGACUCCCGCUGAGUAUCUCUUGAAAACAAAUGAUUUUGUGGUUUCUCCAAAGGUUUUUGGCUGUGUUUGCUUUGUUCAUGACUAUAGAAAUUCAGUUGGUAAACUAGAUCCGCGUGCCAUCAAAUGUGUUUUUGUGGGCUACUCUCCUUCUCAAAAGGGUUAUAGGUGUUGGUGUCCUUCUGAGCGUCGCUUCUUUGUGAGUAUGGAUGUAACAUUUCGAGAGAAUGAACCUUAUUAUGGCCCUGCCGAUGACACUGGAAUUACUUUAUCUCCACCUGAAGUGGAACAAGAGGGGGAGAGUAAUAGUGGAGGCAAUCUAGAGGGCUCUAUUGUUGUUCCCACUUUAGAUGUUCCAUCCAUUGAUAAUAAUACUCCUAGUCAGGGGGAGGAAACACAUAAUAAUCGCGGUGCUAAAGAUAAUAAUUCUAGCCAGGGAGACAUGCAAGAUAUAACAGCGAACUCAUCACCGCCUACUCAGGAUUUAGAGCCUUCUAUGCAUGAGGACCCAGCUAUACCUACUAACUGGAAAGAAGCUAAAGAGGAUCCAAAGUGGAAAGAUGCAAUGCUUGAUGAGAUGAGAGCCUUGGAGAAGAACAAAACCUGGGAGCUUGUUGAUCUACCAUAGGCCAACUUUGAUUGGAAUAUUUAUCAAAUGGAUGUGGAAAACGCAUUUCUUCAUGGUGAUCUUCAAGAAGAAGUGUACAUGCAUAUUCCACCAGGGUUUGAGACUAGUCAAACCAUAGGAAAGGUGUUGCGCUUACAUCGUUCUUUGUAUGGUUUAAAGCAAUCACCCCAUGCUUGGUUUGAUCGGUUUAGAAAAGCAAUGCUGAAAAGAGGUUAUCCACAAAGCAACGCAGAUCAUACACUAUUCUAUAAGCACACUGAGGACAAGGUAGCAAUUUUGAUAGUGUAUGUGGAUGAUAUUGUGAUCACCGGAAAUGAUACAAAAGAGAUUUCAAAUUUGAAGCAUCGUCUUGCACAAGAGUUUGAAGUAAAAGAUUUGGGACACUUGAGAUACUUUCUUGGCAUAGAGGUCUCCAAAGGGCCUAAGGGCAUUUUUAUUUCUCAACGGAAGUAUAUUUUGGAUUUAUUGAAGGAGACGGGUAUGCUUGGAUCUCGCCCAAUGGCUACACCCAUGGACCAAGACCAUCGCUCGAGUGGUGGCACAGGAACACCAGUGGACCGAGAGCGCUAUCAAAGACUAGUUGGGAGAUUGAUAUAUCUAUCUCAUACUAUUGCUUUUGCUGUAAGUGUUGUUAGCCAAUUUAUGCAUGAUCCAAGAUCAACUCAUAUGGAGGUUGUGAACAGAAUAUUGCGCUACCUCAAAGGCUGCCUGGGUAAAGGUCUUUUAUAUACUCGUCAAGGGAAUGUUCAAGUUGAAUGCUACACGGAUGCAGACUGGGCAGGUUCACUGGACGAUAGACGUUCGACAUCAGGAUAUUGUACAUUUGUUGGAGGUAACUUGGUCUCAUGGCGAAGCAAGAAGCAAAGUGUUGUGGCUCGAUCCACUGCAGAGGCUGAAUUUCGAGCCAUGGCUCAUGGCGUGUGCGAGUUGUUGUGGCUACAAAUCCUUUUGACAGAGUUGAGGUUGUACAGGCACACACCUUUGAUGCUGUACUGUGACAACAAGGCAGCCAUUGAUAUCGCGAAUAAUCCGGUCCAACAUGAUUGAACCAAGCACAUUGAAAUCGAUCGCCACUUCCAAGAGAAACUUGACAAAGGGAUAAUAUGCUUACCGUAUGUAACUUCGGCGAGUCAAGUGGUUGAUGUUUUCGCAAAGGGACUACCAUGUACGACAUUCUCUGUAUUUUGUAGCAGGAUGGGUAUGUAUGAUAUAUUCUCCCCAUCUUGAGGGAGAGUGUUGGUGUAUGUUAUAAUUAGAAGACAGUGUAGGGAGUCAAAUGUAAAUUGUACCAAAUGUUAUAGGAGACAGAGCAAAGGAUCGGGAACAAUCUAUCCAGAAAAUUCCCCAAUCUUCCUUGCUCAUGUCUCUCCUUCCAAAUCCCUAGUACCAAAAAUCAUCUCCCAAUGUUGUAUGUUGUAACAAGCAAUAUAUCCCUCGCCAUGGAUGCAUGAAAUCCUAUCGUCCGAGGAAGCAAUAUAUCCCUCCCCAUGGAUGCGUGAAAUCCUACCGUCCGGGGAAGCGUUAUAUCCCUCACCAUGGGUGUGUGAAAUGCUACCGUCUGGGGAAGCGUUAUAUCUCUUGCCAUAAAUCCUGACUCCUUUGGGGAGUGUAACAUCCCUCGCUCGAGGGCAUAAAUCCCUAAAAUGGUAGAGAUGUGGCAGAUAGGAAGUGUCAAAAUGACUUGGAACCUUAGACCUGGCCACUCACCCACAUUGGAGUGUGAAGAGUUCCGCACCCGGCAAAAUAAUAAAUCUAAGUACCACUUAUGGGUAAAGUAGCGCACUCUGUAGAGUGUAAAGUAGUCGGGCAUUGCUACUUCCUGUUUCUAUGGAAGAACUACGGACAUGGCAGGAAAGGAAGCAUCAGAGGUUCUAACAACCCGUGUGAGACCUGGUGAUCUUAGAAUUAUAGGAGAUAAAUGCAAUAUUUUCAAGAAACCAUUUAAAAAAAAUCAUGGAUCCUUGAGUACUAUGAGUCCUAGUAGAUGGUUCUUAAUAGUGCAUACAAACACCUUUUGGUAUCCUGAACUUGUUGAAUAAUGUCGGUGUCUUUUACCGUCAGAAUAUGAUCCGGGAUAGUGCACGCCCAAGGAUCACCAAUGGUUGCACCUAGAAUACGAAUUUAUACAAGUGCGUGCCCUUGAGGUGAGGUGACACCUUACUCCUAUUUGUGGCUGGUUGUAUCUGCUUUGGGAGGUGCAAGAGCAACUUGGGGCUGAUUUCCCUUGAGGUUGCUCCGGUCUGUGUGUAUAGAUGUGGAUAGUUGAGAUCUAUUCUUCCCUCUCUCUUCCUUGGGUGGAGAAGAAGGUUGUGUCUGCCCGGAGUUAUUCCCUCCACCUGGCUUUUAUACUUCAAGCCGGGUGAGGGUUACCGCUGUCCGAGCAGUUACAAGAAGAGAUUCCUUGGGGCAAAGGACUAGCCUACCCCUAAAAUAUCUAAGGUUGCCUUGGCUGCUACUCCAACUCGAUGGGUCUCCUUGUUAGGUUGAACUCCUUACCGAGUCUUUAGCUACCUUGUGUUCUGUGGGUUGGGUUAGGCCCUUGUGGGCAUAUCUGAUUACCAUAACCUUGUCAGUAGCUCCUGAGUGCUUCAUGGGGUAGCAAUGAUCUUUGAACGCCCACUGGUUGACUCGAGCUCAAGCACCUAGUGGCUCGGCUUGAGGUGUUCUCAAGUUGACGUUCGCAGGGCAGGACCUUUAGAUAGAUCAUGAAGGAUCCUCUUUUGGCUCUUAGUAGAGCAAGAGCCCAGCUUUGUUGAAUUGGCGAGGAUCCAUAGUCGGAUCCCAACAGCCUCCAUGGUCUCGUCUCUCGGUGGGAAAGCCCUUGUGGUUGUAGUCGAACCAAGACUCGAAGGAAGCAUACCUCCUUCCUGGUUUGAUCGAGCAAAGCUUGUGGUCGGGGGCGCAUGUUCCUUGUCCAUCUCUCGUGUGGGGUCGGAUAUUGUCAGGGUUCCUUUCCGACCUUAGGGCCAACGGGUUUGUCCCGAAUGUAUUUGGAUUCACGUCUUUGCCUGGUCAGUUUUGAAGAUGGGUGUACAAGCGGGCCAUCAUGUCAUUCGCCAGGUUGUGGGGACAGUCUAGGUUGCCCGACCCGAUAACCGAAGAACCAAGGCAUGCAUACUCCCGGGGGGAGCCGGCGUGGAGGUCAGGGGGGCACUGGUUUUCUUAAUGGCGUUAGUCGGCGUGAAGCCCAAGGCGAUAAGGCGUCUCCACCCUCGUGCGGGAAACGUCCCAUUAGCUCGUUGUGGGAAGGAAGAGUGUCAGGCGUGGCCUUAAUGGCGCGUGGGUGAUGCCCAGCCUAUAAAGCGGGGGAGCCCGACACCUCCGUAGCUAUUCGCCUCCAGGAUCAUCUUGCCCAUCAUCCUCCUUUUCAUCGCCUCUAAGAGCCUAGAAGAAAACCCUGUUAUCCGAAGCCGAACGGGAGAAUGAGAUCCAAGCGCCUGCAAGAAGAUGUUGAUGUGGACCAUCUCUUCCGCCACCAAGGCGAAGCUGAAAGCUCUGUUGGAGAAGGAACUUCUUCCCGUGUGGCAGCAGCUUCGAUGGCGGGCACCGUCAUUCGAGCCUGGACCUUCUCCUAGAGCGGUUGCCAGGUCGGCCUGCUUUUGCCGUCAAUCAAGUUUUUUUCGCAACACCUUGCUGUCUUAUGGCCUGGAGCUUCAUCACCUGAGGCCUGACGGGGUCUUGCACAUCGCCUGCUUCGCAGCGUUGUGAGUGUGAGCUAGGGAUUCGCCCCAGCCUCGCUCUCUUCAAGCAUCUCUUCUGCUUCCGACGCGUCCCUUCACUCAGCGAGCACAGCGUUGUUGGGUGCACCGACCUUCACUUGAGGGAUGAGGUGAGGGAUGAUUACAUACACCUUCACCCUGUCCGCCCAAGGUAAGGUGGCACUACGGGUGGUUCUACUGCGAGAACCCUGCUCCUGCUCUUCCCAAGUUUGUCUGAGGAGCGCCGUCACCCUUGGCGAAGUGGGGCUUGAGGCCGGCCCGCCUGAGCGUGACGGCCCUGCCCCAUCUUCGGAAGUCAGUUUUAGGGGUGGAGGUUUUGUCCUCCUUCCUGAAUCAGCGCGCCUAUCCUCUGAAGCUUUGUGCCGAUCUUCUGUUCGCGCACCUUCCGGCUGGUGAUCUGGCUUGAACGAGGGGCAUGACCCGGCUGAAGACGGGCUGAGGAGGAUUGCAUCAGUUGCCGAGUCAAUGGAUGCUGUUGCUUCAUCUAGCACCAGAAUUUUGUUCCUACGCAGGAGAACUCUUCCAAGACAGAAAAGCUGGCGCUGUCCAACACUCCAGUUAUCGCCAUCAUCACUCACUGCCAUAGGCCAGAGGCCAAGGGGGUCCAAGUUAUUGCGCACAGUUCCUCUGAAAAGUGAUCAACGAGACGGAACAAUGAGCUGAUAAGUGUUGAUUUCCCACUUCCUGUCCUCCCUACAACCCCAAUUCUGUUUCCAGCAGGGAAGGUGCAUGUGAUUCCUUUGAGAACAAGUGGUGUGUUCGGACGGUCAAUUUUUCCCUCGUUGGGCCAUGAAGUCGGAGGCCUAUUAUCUGGUAUUAUGGCGGGAGGCUCUGAUUGAAGAUUUGCAGAUACAGUAAAAAGAAAGAUAUGUUCACUGUGAUGGCUAUGUAGCUACCUGGUGAAAUUACUCCUUGAGGAACCAGAAUGAGAAACAAUGAUGAUGUGAGUAUCGUCAAGCU